UUUCAUUGCUACGGGAACAGUGAGCCGAAGUGGUAGGCUUUUUUCUCGCUUGCUCGUCGCGGUUUUUUUUCUACCGUUCACUACGGCUACACAUACUAGUACACUACCAGUCCAAGUGUGUUUUUUUUGCUUGCUGCCGCUGCACGUUUGUGAGAAGGUAAGAAAAAGCUAGUGAGAAGAUAGUGUGCGGUGGGGAAAGAAGCAGAAAUAGCGCGUCGUUUGUGUAGAGUAGUAGAUGAGUGAGAGUGUGUGCGCGCACGCUCCUCUGUGUGUGAAAAAAGAUUCAAUCCAAGCAAGCGUUGAUCGGUUCAAGAAAGAAGCUAGCAGCGGCGAAGCAGCGAGGAAACAAGAAGCCAGCCACGGUGCGACCAAGUAGCAGCUCAGUGGCUUUUCAGACAGCAUCUGAACAGCACGCGUUUUACUGAGUGGUGUGUGAGUUUUUGCUUCUCGCCGGCCGGGCAUUUCUCUCUACCCGCCUUUCAAGGAUAGAGGAAGAAAAGGAAAAAAAGUUAAGAUUUUUUUCUGUUCAAAUCAAAUAAGGAAGCAAAGUGAUUUUAUUUUUCUCUUGAUGGAAUUAAGCUCCUGCGGUGUAAAAGUACCAACAGUGACCAGUACAAGCGGUUAUAAACCAAAUCGAUGUUUCAGCGAGAAGAUUUGCAGAAAAAGUCUUCGACUGGCAGUACGGUUAUUAUAACAGCGUCAAAGUUGAAAAAACAGAAACUAUCGAUCUUUCUAGAUAACGUCUUUUGUGACCUUGGUGUUUUGUAAUCAGUGAGACGAGAAAAAAAAAAUCAAUGUCAGAAGUGCUACUACAACAAUAAAACAGUCAAAAACAAAAGUGAUCGAUCGUACUCUAGGUGUGUGGUUGCAAAAGAUACGAGAGGAAAAAAAGGACGCGCGCGGAGAUAUAAUUUGGAGUCUGAUCGUGCGAGGGUGUCAUGCCGGUAAGAAUUCCACCGCAGCCUACCAGUACUAGUAAAAGAAGAUCUCCGUCUUCGGCACCCGAGCGCAGAGUGACACCGCGGCACUUCGGACAUUACAACAACACGAAUAUAAACAAUAGAUUGCUACUACAGAUACAAUCGCGUCAUAUAGAGUCGCAGCAGCACUUGCAUUGUUGUUUUGUGGACCGUUCAGCGAAAAGUGACAGUCGAAACUGCCGGUAGCAAAAGGGCAGAAAUAAGUAAGUUUUUUUUUGUGGCACCCGGGCUUGGGAAACAAUUCAAUUUUGUAGUACCGCUCCGAGGAAGUGGAAAGUGUUCAUCAUUUAUUUUGGUUGAUCGGUGGUGGUUCGUAUAGUGAAAAACGAAAGCCUCCGCACAGUACACAGAGUGGGCUGUUAGGAAACCAGCAGCAGUCGGAAAAAGCAAAAGGAUAAGCUUUUAGUGUGUGGUGAAUUGAUCAAGGAGAACACUAGAAAGAAAGGAGUCGUCUGAGAGUGCAUAAGCAGCAGACGAGUUACGUGAUACAGAUUACAGACCGGAUUGUGAUAUAGUGAACCCAAAAGCAGCACCAGCGAAAGGAGAAGUGGGCCCCCUGCUAAGCAGCCGGGCAGCAACUAGGAUUUAAGAAACAAAAAACAAAUCAAACGCUUAUCAGAACUAAGUUAAGGAAGUAUAACUAAGCAAACAUGAUUUUGGCCACGAAACAGGAGCCCUUCUGGGACGACACUAGCAGCAUCGACGAAGGCCUCGACUGGCACGGGGAUCUCAGCGCGGACAUACAGCUAAUAGACUGUCCAACGCUGUCCUUCCUCACCGAAGUGGACGAGUCCGACCAGACUUACAACUACGGAUUCGGCUUCGAUGAGCAGCUGGAGUCGUCCAAGCAGCAGAUUCGGAACCACGACUGCAUGUGGUCCGGAUCGUGCGCCGAUCAGAGUCACCCGGGCAAAAUGGGCUGCAGAAUGAUUUCUCAUAGUACAAAUCACACGGAAAGCGCUCAGGAGCACUCGUCGUCGGUUGGUGGAACCGUUAACUACAACACAGCCGUCAACAGUAAUGCUGCAACGCAGCAGAAGUCUAUUCUAACCCCGGCUAUCAAUUCCACUCUUAACAUCAACAAUAAUGCAGCACAUAAAAUCGCUCCCUUCAAAGCACAUGCAGCGCAAAUUCCUGCGGGUCGGUCACUGCUGAUCCCUCGCAACAACAAAUUACAGCAGCCGCAAAUCAAUCGAGUACCGACAAUUUCUACUACAGACUUCCUGCGGGAACGGGAAGGUCCCCUGGCGCUGCAUACACGACCGGACACGCCCCUUAGCUUGGACGAAGAUCCACCGGAGUUCAAGCACAACAUUGAUCUGGCCACUUGUACGAUCGGUUCCAAUCAGCUCCGCCUGACCGAUCAUUGCAACUCCCGGCAUUUAAGUCACCACGGGAUGCACCAUGACGACGCAUCUUCGCUCCGAAUCAUCAACAUGAUCAAAGAAGUACUCGAGGACAACGGUAGCGACAGCCUGCAACUGACCCGUUCUUCCAGCGAAAUCGGCUCCCUUACGGAUCUGCUGAACGAUCUGGAAGAGAUGAAGGGUGAGGGUCACGAGGAUAGCGACACAGAAUCGAACGCCGACGGCAGCAGCAGUUGGAGUAGUGGUGAGGGCGGUGGCGGCCGUGAAGCGGACGUCCUCUCCGGCGGCUACACCCACGUCCACCACCAGGAGAUGAGUCCUUCGUCGUCGUCCUCCUCGCCAACGUCCUCUUCCGCCGCGUACGAGUACCACCAGGGUACGCACGUUGGCGAUCACAGCUACACCCGACCGAAGAACCGCUACAACAUGACCGGGCUGGGCGUACAAACGCCCUCAGAUUCCGAAGAAGAAAUCGACGUAGUUUCGAUCGGCGAAAAAAAUCUACCAACGAAUCCGACAGCGCGUGAUCGCCGCGCCCUGCAGAAUCGGGUAGCGCACAAAAUCGCCCGCAAGCAGCAGCAACAGCAGCAGGUUUCUGGCUCACAGCACCACCAUCGACGGCGGCACAGCGACGAUGACCUAGCAGCUGGACAUCAUUCAGCUGGCAGCUCGCAGACCGGCAGCCCCGCAAAAUACACUGGCGCUGGAUACAAUCUGUCACCAAAGUAUCUAACUCCGGCUUCGUCGACGACGAUAUCGGGCACCAAUACUCCACUGCCCGGUCACUCCUCAAGUAUAGCGAACCCUCGCAAGCGGCCGAGCAAGGAAGAACAGCAGCAGCACCGCGGUGGAAAAAGUCGACACCAUCAUCAGCAUCGCAACAAAAAGCAGCGCAUCCCCGGCAAGAAACCCGUCUCUGAUUCCUCCGAAGAGCUAGAAACCCUCGAAAAGCGCAACCUCCACAAUGACAUGGAACGCCAGCGGCGAAUCGGGCUGAAGAAUUUGUUCGAGGAGCUCAAGCGACAGAUUCCAAACCUCCGGGAAAAGGAGCGGGCUCCGAAGGUUAACAUUCUCCGGGAGGCGGCCAACCUCUGUCAGCGGCUCAAUCGUGAACAGGAACAGCUCAACGCACUCCGAAAGCAGCAACAGCGGCUGUACGCUCGAGUGCGGCAGCUGCGAACCUCGCUGCACUCGCAGCGGCGGUCGAUGGAGUAAAACCGAGUUCCCAAAGGGAGGAGGUGGGGCGGACAGCCGAUGGACGUAUGGAAACAAAUGUGAUUUCAGAUUUAAGUGCGACAUGAUGCGACAACAUUCAACCCAGGUGCCAAUAAACAAACACACACACACACGCUACAGCCAGACUGAGAACGACCGAAUGAGUGAGCGAUUAAGUAUGACACUUGUAGGGAUAAGACGAAAACGUACCGGUGUACCAGUGAGUGAAAGAGACAGAGAGAAAAAGAGAUGAAGGCGUCGUCGUGUAUGCGUAACCAAACUAACCUAACUAGAUUAAGCGAUUCAGUUCCGGCUUGUUCCGCCAAGGAGGCGGAAAAGUCCAGUUUUUUUUUGGUCAUUUGCCGAUGAAAACCAAGCUUUUUGUCGAAAAUUAUUACUUUGAAGAAACAAAAAUCGAAAACCGCGCAAGAGUAGAAGACAGCCAAACCCCCAAUUUCGGGUUUGGUGAGAAUUCGGCAAGCGAGAUAAUCCUGAAGAGAAAAUUCCGUUUCGGAAAAUGUGUUCGUGCGCUCAAGCUUCACUUCCCCGAAACGAUCCUAGUUGUUCCUCUGCGUGUGCGUAAGUAAGCUAACCUUUUUUUCACCUCAACCUCUCAUUCCAUAUCCCCUCACCAAAUUUUCUCCUUAUAUUACGUGUUAGGACGAAAGCGGUGUUGCUAGCACAAACACACCACCUCCACACAUAAAAUCCACACAUAAAUACGCGGAAGAUCCUCCGAUUGAAAGAGAAACACCAAAACAAUUGUUAAAAACAAAUGCAUUUACUACAAAAUGAUCGAUGCAUUUAUCUUAAAGCUCUCGCUUGCUGCUUGUUAGUUACUGCACUUAAACUUCUCUCAUCUUUGUUUUUUUUUUCUUUGUUGGUUUUUCAUUUUGAGUGUACUUUUUCUUGAACGAAGUAAAAUUCGCUACUCUCAAAUAAAAUUUAAAAAACAAAACGCAGUUAAAGUUGAUAUAUACUAUUAUAUACUAUGGUAAGUUAGAACGAGCAGAAACAGAUUAACGUCUGAAUUAUUAUUACUUUAUUAGUUGUAUAACUAUAUAGAUUUUAAAUACUUCUUUAUUAAAAAAAGUGAGUUACUGAAAACAAUGAAGCGCUUUUGAAGCAAUUUACUAUAAUAGACAUAACAACCUUUGAUAGACAUAACACAACCUUUAUGAACUGCAUCUAGGAUUAGUUGGAACAUAUAACGCUGUAUAUAGAACAAACACAAACACACUUAGACAGUACAUACUAUCAUCUUGUAGAGGAAGUAAACGCAAUGUGAAUUAUAUAGGUAACAGCGUAAGCUAAAAAAAACCUUAUGAAAUAUGAAACUUAACUUUAAUCAGUGCCGCAUACAUAAAGCCAAUGAUUUUGUUUAUUUUCUUCAUUUCUCGAGCUGUUGCACCAAAUCCAAAACGGGGGUGGGUGCGCAAGUUCGAAUUCCUAUUAUUGACCAUCCAUACACACACACAUACACAUACACGAAUGCCCCCAAUCAAGGAAUCUAAAAAUGUCAUAAACUUACGACAGGAUCUACAUUAAUUAACUGGCUCAAAACUGUUUAACUACUAUCGUGUAUGUUUUUUUAUAUAGUUUUAAUUGAUUUUUUCUCUUUUAAAAUGACAUAGUUGUAGAGAACACUGUACUGUCAGCUUGGUGAAUGAUGAAAUUGAAUAAUACUGUAAAUAUAGAGCAUAAGAAAACGAUUUAUUUUGUCAUCGUUAAUGAUUGUUUCUCACAUGGUUUUUUUUCUGUUCGUUUUUCAACAUUGUACACUAGUGGAUAGAGGAGAGGUAACCAGCAAUUAUCGCAAAAACUAAAGCAUUGAAAAAAAACUCAAACUUGAGUACCACUUUUCUUUCUUCUUUUCGCGGGAAAUUCUACUCAGUUGGUGGAAAGCUCUUCUACUUUCGCUUCUUCCGGACACUUUCCGGUCAGUUGCUAGCUAUUCUGCCUUUUUGAGAGCUUUUUACGCAAUCGAAGAAAUGGAAUGGGACAGACGUGUUUUUUUUUUCAAACGUACAACUUUUGAUGUUCAGAUCAGAUCUCUGGUAAUGCCAACUGUAUAAAAACUAUCCACAACUGAUGAUAAUGAGACGACCAGAUAGAUUGUAACGCGAGUUAAAUUGCUGCAAGGAGACAUACGAAGAAUUAUUGGUCUACAUGAUUAUAUUAUACUAGGUACUACUAUUAAUAGAAAACAAUUACUAGUUAAUAUGAAUAAGCAGACUAGUGGGGAGAAAGUCAGUUGAAUGCUAAGGAUAACUAUAGGGUCUUGUAUUUUUUUUAUUAAUUCGAUUAAUUUUUUUUUAUAUAUUGCAGUAAAACGCGAAAAUGGAAAAAAUAUACUAUUUAGAAAGCGGGAGGGACACAACAAAUUGUAAUUCAAAUAAUGACAUUAAAAAAACAAACCAGAAAACAAAAUUCAACUGUUAUUAUUUUUUCGUUUGAAAACGUGAAAACCUUUGUUUUGAAGAUGGAUUUCCUCGAUUCUUUUCUUAUCUUUCCUUUUCUCAUCUCUUUCGUUGUUUCACCGCGCGUCACAGCCGUCGUCGUUUUGUUGCCGUUUCUUCCACUCUCUCGCUUUCUCUUUCUCUCUUUAGUUCAACUUUAUUUUUCGCUGUUCGUUUUGUUAGCAUAACACGCGCUCGCGCCCGCGUGUUCUCUGCGGAUUAAUUCGGUUCGGUUUGCGUAAUACACGCACGCUAGCGGGCUUAACUAUGCGUAAGUAUUUAGUUUAGGCUGAAUUUUUGUUUUUCAUUUGUUUUUCUCGGACGCAUUUUGAGUUUUUUUCACAACACAUUCCAUAAAAAAAUCAGAGUCAAAAUUUAAUCAUUCAUUUCGUAGAAUGGGAAUGAAUAGAAAAAGUUCGUUGAUGGCGUCAUAGUCCUUUAUAAUUUUCAGCAUGUUUCUACGUCUUUGUCUAAAAUAUUAUUUUUUUAACUUUUGUUUUAACUGAUUAAUGUUUUUUCAAGUGCAUUUAGUGCAUUAUUAUUAAUUCUUAAUUCAAAAACAGAUCUUAUUUAGGAUUUCCAAUUCCUUUUGAUUUUUACAAGAAAGGUAAAAACUGCAAGCAAUUUUUCUUAUCACAAAAAACUACGCAUUUAAAAAUAAUAUUUGAAAAAUGAAAGAAUAUUUGUACUAAUUCUUAUAGUAACCUCUCGUAGAAUUUUGUUAUUGGCGAUCUCAGAUUUGACUGAAAUUGAAAGCUAAAUUUUAUUCAAAAUAAAUUUUGAGGAUCAUUGAAAUUUUGAUCCAGUUUGUGUGUAAUAAAACAGGUAUUCUGUGGGCACUCGCCAGUUUUUUUCCAAAACUUGAGAGUUUUGAAAUUUCCUGAUGAAUAUUCAGUUAUUCCAGAGAAAAAUAAAAUUUAAUCAAACAUUUUUAUGCAAGAAUCAUGGACAAAUUCUAUUAUAUUCAGUAGAAAAUAUAUUAUUUUUUUCAUUAUUAUUGUCGCUUUUUGUUUUUAUAAAAGCAGCUCUACAGUAUUAUUAUAAUUUUGUUCACAUCUUUCAUAAGCAAGAGGAAAUCCAUCCAAAAAAUCGAACUGCUGGUAAGAAACAAAUAUCUCGCUUGAAACCGCAAACCUCUAAAAAGGGUGAAAACUGAACUAAAUACUUCCUAGAAAAGAUUGUACAAUAAAAAAAAAAAACAAAAUAGACCGAAACUUGUGAACACAUUCUAGGGAAAACAGGAAGAAGAAAAGAAUCAACCUGCUAUAAUGCGUAUUUAAAUUAGUCGUCGCUUGCAGCGAGAGGAAAAAAGAAAACUAAGCCAUCGGCAAGCUCUAUUAUACAACCUCUAUAGGAAACAAAUUUAGAUUUAUUUUAUCUUGAAGUUGCGGUGAAGCAGAAAAAAAUUUCAACACUAAUCAAUCAGAUGGAAAUGUAUUUUGUAAGAAAAGUAAAACAAAAAACAUAAACAAAUAGAUAACAGGAUUGAAUCGGAUGAUUAGAAUAACACAGUAAUAGGAAAACCUAAAAAAGUAGCACUGAAAAAAAUGCGGCAGCUAGAAAUAGGCUUGGAAGCAAAUUGAAAAAAAAAAUGGUUAGACGAUGCUUGAAGUUGCAGCAUUAAAACGUGUGAAUAACAGAAAAAAAUUGAAAUUUUAGUCAAACAAAUUUUGGGUAUAAAAAAGGGUGCUGUACGAAUAUUGUUUGUAUAAAAAGAGAAGAAAAGAAGGUUAUUUUGUUACAAUUUUGGAUCAUCGAUGCCAAAAGAAAAAAAAAAACAACAAUCCUAUCAAUGCAAUAAACCUGGGUGUUAUUAUACAACUUUAUUUUGUGAUUGUGUAUUAGCAGCAGGAAUUCGUUUGCUAAAUUACCCACAACAAAAUGUCAGCAAAGGGCGCAAGCGAGUUGUGAGCCGUCAUCCCCAAUUAGGAAAAAACUUUGACAACCACGUAAAUAUUCAUAUAAUAAUAGUAAACAACCAAAGCAUGCCUCGAGCUCAGGUUCUCAAUCUACACUGGAAACUGUAUCGUAUAUGAAACAAAAAAAAAGGAAA